CUGCUCUUGCUCUGCCACCACCGCACCCCCACGCAGCCCGCCAGCCAGCCCAGCCUCGCCCCCCCUUCCCUGGAGCCAGACCCAGCUCGAUAUGGGGGCCUGUGAACAGCCCCCUCAAGCAGGCAAGUCUCAGGCCCAGGGAGGAGAUGUGUGCGUGGUGCCGGGGGGAGGGGCAGGAGCAUCGCAUCAUCUAACAGGUUGGUCGGGCUGCGAGGCGUCCCGCCCUCCUGGAGCUAAUGAGCACUGUAGGACAGGUGUUUGCUCCUCAGUCCCCAGCCUGCCCUGCCUGCGACCAGAGCCAGCUGCCUGCCACCCCACCAAGGCUCACUCACACCCCCGUGCCCUCCCGCGUCCCGGGCCCGGGGGCCGCGAUGGCCUGCCGCUCUUGCGUCGUUGGCUUCAGCAGCCUUAGCAGCUGUGAGGUGACCCCUGCGGGCGGCCCCCGGCCUGGGACCUCGGGAUGGGGCAGCUGCGGGACCCCCGGGCCAGGCUUCAGCUCCCGCAGCUUCACAGGCUGCGAGGCAGCUGGUACCAUCCCCCAGGUAACCGUGAACCCCAGCCUGCUGGUGCCCCUGGACCUCAAAGUGGACCCAGCCAUCCAGCAGCAGAAGACCCAGGAGAAGGAGGAGAUGAAGGUCCUCAAUGAUAAAUUUGCCUCCCUGAUCGGCAAGGUGCAGGCCCUGGAGCAGCGCAACCAGCUGCUGGAGACCCGCUGGCGCUUCCUGCAAGGCCAGGACUCCGGCACCUUCGACCUCGGGCACCUCUAUGAGGAGUACCAGGGCCGGCUGCAGGCGGAGCUGCUCAAAGUGAGCCAGGAGCGAGGACAGCUGGAGGCCAACCUGCUGCAGGUGCUCCAGAAGGUCGAGGAGUUUCGAAUCAGGUAUGAGGAGGAGAUCUCCAAGCGCACAGACAUGGAGUUCACCUUCGUCCAGCUGAAGAAGGACCUGGAUGCAGAGUGUCUUCGUCGGACCGAACUGGAAACCAAGUUAAAAGGCUUGCAGAGCUUCGUGGAGCUGAUGAAAAACAUCUAUGAGCAGGAGCUGAAGGACCUGGCAGCCCAAGUGAAGGACGUGUCGGUGACCGUGGGCAUGGACAGCCGCUGCCACAUCGACCUGAGCGGCAUCGUGGAGGAGGUGAAGGUCCAGUAUGACGCCAUUGCAGCUCGCAGCCUGGAGGAAGCCGAGGCCUACUCCCGGAGACAGCUGGAGGAGCGGGCUGCCUGCUCAGCUGAGUUUGGGAACAGCCUCCAGAGCAGCCGCAGCGAGAUCACUGACCUCAACGUGCGCAUCCAGAAGCUUCGAUCCCAGAUCCUCUCCAUCAAGAGUCAUUGCCUGAAGCUGGAGGAGAACAUCAAGGCGGCAGAGGAGCAGGGGGAGCUGGCCUUCCAGGACGCCAAAGCCAAGCUGGCCCAGCUGGAGGCCGCCCUGAACCAGGCCAAGCAGGACAUGGCCCGGCAGCUACGCGAGUACCAGGAGCUCAUGAACGUCAAGCUGGCCCUGGACAUCGAGAUCGCCACCUACCGCAAGCUGGUGGAGGGCGAGGAGAGCCGAAUGGACUUGCCUUCAGCCGCCAUGGUCAGCGUGGUGCAGUCCACGUCCAGAACCGCCCUUCCCUGCCCCACCCUUAUGUUCCCUGUAGCUGCCUCCAAGUCUAGCCUUUCGAGAGCCCCCUCCCGGAAAAAGAAGAACAGAAAAGGCCCUGUGAUCAAAAUCACCGAAAUGUCUGAGAAGUUCCUGUCGCAGGAGUCAGAGGUCUCAGAAUAAGGCAGCUGGAGCCCAGGAGCCUAGGUCGUCCCCCUGCAGCUGGAGGGACUUCAGCUAGACUCAAGCAAGCAGCUUGGAACCUCUGGGUUGGGCGGGGAGGCAAACCUGAUCCUGAACUGAAAGGGGGAGGGUUCAAAACCGGGACAGCUUUUCUCUGGGUGGCUGGGGGUAGUACAGGGCUGUCACCAGCUACUGAGAAUCAUGCGGCUCCAUCUCAAUACCUCAGUCCUACCCUUCUAACCUUCUUGCCAGAGGUCCGACUGGGUAAACUGGAACUGGGGGUCAGUUUUCUCUCCACCUCCUUUCUCUUCUGAGGCUCCUCCCCAAACAGAGGGCUCCCACCAAAGAACCUUUGACUUUGACCCUUUUCGCCCAACCCUUGCCCUAAAUUCACUUACCAAGCCCUACCUUGCCUCUGCCUCAGGACCGAGGCUGGUGCCUUCGCUCACCCGGCCCCAGCCAGCCAUGGAUCCAGGGCUGAGGAGGACUGCCUGGGCACCCUCCCCCUAUCUGGAGCUCCUGGGGAGACUGAGUGCUGAGCACCCCUGGGUUUCCUGCACAACCUGGGCACCUCCAGAGACCUGACAGUAUUAGGGAGUAAAGGGAGGAAGCUCCCCGGGUGUGUGGGACCUGAGCAUGGACCCCUGAGGUCAGCCCAGACACCUGUGCCACUUCCGUCCUCCUGUGGGGCCCUCAUAGAGGGCCAGUCAGAAUUGGACAGGCUGCACAGCCAGCUCCUGGCUCCUUCUCCAGAAGCUAUUCUUGCCAUGACAAACCCCCUGUGAGAGGGAGGCUAGAGAGCAGCCUGAGACUAGGCAGGGGAAUUUGGCCCUCCCUUCUCCUCCCUGCCAUCCUGGGGUUCACCACCCUGCCCAGGAUCCGAGCUCUCUGCCCCCCACCCUCCACACCCCCCUCCCCACACCUAGGUGUUUCCCAAGCCUGAAAUCUGGCUUUGGUAGACCAGGCCCUGGAGACCCCUAGCCCCGCCCCCAGCACCAAACCCUGGGCCAUUUCCCAUGAAUCCCACCUCUCAGGGUCCCUGCUCUCUCCAUCAGGCCAAACAGCCCGGCCCUCCCCUCCAUCCUUCCUUGCAUUUCCUGAGGAGCCCAGGAACACCCUGCACCUGUGAGGUUAGAGCUCUUUCUUUUCUUCCCCUUCUGCCCCUCUCCCCACCACACCCACUCCCCUGCCUCCCAAGCAGGGGCCAUGAAGAAGGCACAGUCCAGGCAGGUCUGGGAGUUUCUGAGCCCUUCCGGUUGGGCUGGGGAGCCCCAGUGACAACCAAAAAGGAAUUCUGCCUCCAAAGAGAAGAUUUGGUGCUGGGAGGAGCGUUCCUGUUUCCUUGUCUUGGCUCUCACCUUUGGGGCUUGCAGGGGGAUCCUGGCAGCUCCAGCCGCCCACUCCACCACCCAUCCUCUUUCCUUCCCUCCCUGCUCCCUCCCUGCUCCCUCCCUGCUCCCUCCCUGCCCCUUGCCUCACUCCUCCGCUAGCCCCAGUCUUCCAUUCCUUCAUCUCACUUUCCAGGACAUCCUUCCCAUAGGCCUUGGCCCCAGCAAGACCUCAAGGUCCUCCGUGCCUGUAGGGGGCGCUGAAGGGCUAAUGACGCUCAGGGGAGGGAACUCGGACUUAUACUCAUCCCGGAAGUCUCAAAAAGGGCGCUGAUUGCUGCUCUUUCUCUGCCUAUUUAUUGGUUUCCAAGGGAGCAAAUCCUCAGUGGGGAUACAAGAUAUAUAAAGUAUAUGUAUUAUUUUUCGUAACUUAUGUGGCUUUUAACUUAUUGCUUCCCUUCCUGUUUCUGCCUAAUCAGUGCUGUAUUUACUCUCUGGGUAGACAACACAUAUCCCAGCCAUUCCACCUGGCUGGCUAUCUUGGGGCAAUGCCCCCCUUCUCCCUGCCAGGGGAUGAAUAAAGUGCUGAGAUUUGUC